CGCCGCGAUAAGCAGGCGGGAAAAGCAAUGUGACUCACUUGUAGAUCAUUUGGCGGUUAAAGACGAGGUGUCCCGUAGUAAUUGAUCGUGACUUAGUACAAUUUACAAGUACCUUUAGGUACGAGUAGGUAUAUAAAAGGAACAUGUCACAGCCCUCUGUAACGGCAUACUUCAAUACACGGAAGCGCCAAGCUUCCGAUGAUUUGCGGGAUAAGUCCAAAGUUUUGUUGCUCGAGCAAGAUCAAUCGAGCGGUCAAACGUGUGAUACCGAGAAGUAUUCUAAGCAAAAUGUGUCCGACGAGAGCAAAAUGGUGAGCCCAAAAGUCAUCUUUAGGGACGUGGCAGCUGCGGCGAAAGAUUCUCCGCGCAUCAAGAAAGUGGUUCGUAGCAUUCACUUCGAUUCACCGAAAGCGAAUACGGAGAAGUCGAUCAAGACACCCAAGGCGCGAAUACUGCGCUCACGCAGAUUGCUCUCGGCGGAUGGACAUCAGGUGGACAUCCGGGAGAGUUUGCAGAAGAUGGGGACCACCGACGUAGAAGUUAGGAAAGUGUCUUUCGAGAAGAAGGGUAGUCUCAGUCCAAAGAAGAGUUCUUCUGACGAUGCUCCAAAGCAUGACACGAUCAAGGAGGAGGAAGAGAAAAAGGAGGAUGAACCACCCAUUCAGGGCUUAGAAACUCCAUCCAAGAAGAUCUUGACAAUGGAGAGACUGAAUACUGAAAACUUGAGUUUGAACGACAUCAAGAACAGAAUUAAAAAGUCUUCUAGACUGUCGGAAUUGGAAGCUAUCAUGGCAAAAAUCAAUAAUUUAGAUCAAUUAAAGAAAACACAAAAACAAGCUGAUCUCAAUAAGCCUCAAAUGCAAAAGUUUGAGAAGAUAGAACUUGAGAUUCCAGUGAGCCCACAGAAAAUAGCCAGAUCUCCAGCCAAGGCCUUAUUGACUCCAACUAAGAAUAGGGAUAUCUUGGAAGCAGUGAGUCCUCAGAAGAGAAUUUUAUUUGAGCCUAAGAAUACACCAAGUUCUAUGAAAUGCAGUCCCACUAAGAAACCAGCUUAUCAGAAACAUCUGGCAGUUGCUGAAAGCAAGACAUCGCUGAUAUUGCCUUCCAACUAUAAAUUCUUAGCAGAAAUCUUCAGAUGCGUAGAAACGGUGUCGGCAAUGCUGUUUAACAGAAACGAAUUAAUAACAUUUAAUAAAUUAAAACCCGCGGUUCAAGAGUUGCUGCGACAUAAUUUCACGCAGAAUCAUCUGGCCCAGAUAAAGACUAUUUAUCCUAAUGCCUACACCUACCAGCAAAAGAAGCAUCGUAAUUUCGGCUCAGUAUCCAAAAAUGAGAAAUACGAGUUGGUCCUGACACCCACGAUUGAUGCAAGUGAUGGCAAAAAUACCUUUGAUGAAGAUAAUGCAUUGAAAUCUGUGUCCAACAACAGCAUGGGACCUGCAAUAUUGCUAGAGAGAAGACGGAAAUUUUACAACACUUUGCUAGAGAGAGUGAAAGAUGAGCACAAGAAAUUUUUAUUAAGCUUGGAGACUCCAAUAAUUAUAGAAAAGGAGAAGAUAAUGCGCUGGCAUCCUGAGUUUAAUAUAGAAGCUUGUAAAGAGAUUGAAAAAGCCGAGUUACCACAACCACCUCAAGCUGAAAAGGCAACUGCAAAAGAUGUUCUUGACAAAGUUAAAUCUUUGUUCAACACUGGCUCUCGUAUGGAGAAAGCUUUGCAAAAACUGGCUGAGGCGAAUAUGACAUCAAAAUCGACUCCUUCGUCUUCACAGGAUUCUGCGAUCCAAACCACGGAAAGUAAUAUUGCGAAAGUUAAUAUCGUCGACACCUCACCAACCACACCAAAUGUACAAGACACCUACCUCACGAAAGCAUUCAAGGGUAUCCCCAAAGCUCUACUCGAGAAAGUUCGCGCGAGACAGGCUGCUAAGGCGUUAGAGGAGAUGACGAGAACACCGAACGCAGACAAGGAGGCUACUCUAUACUCGAGACUCCCGGAUUUAGCAAAAGUACUUCGCAAUAUUUACGUGACGGAAAAAAAGGGUGUCCUACAGAUGGAAACGGUGAUACAACGAUUGGAUAAUUCCUUCAGGACAAAGUUAACGCCGAAUGAAAUGGACGAGCAUGUACGGCUGCUAUGUAAGCUAUUACCCACUUGGACUAGUAUACAUAAUGUACGAAAGAUCGAUUAUUUAAAAUUAGAUAGGAACGCCGAUAUUACAAAAGUAAUCAGGCGAUUAGAAAUUUUUGCCAAUGACAAAGUUAAAUAAUAUCUAUAUUUUUAUCUAAUAUAUUAAGUAUGAUAAUAUAUAAUAUAUUAAGUAUGAUAUAUAUAAUAAUGGCAUUUGAUUUGUAUCCUGGAGCCUUUUUAAUGUUCUUGUUUUAAUUAUCGUUACUUGAAACUUGUCUCAAAUGAGAUACUCAAAUUUGAAUUUAGAGUUAGAUAUGAACAUUUUACAAAUAUAUAUAUGCCACGUACAUAUAUCACACAUCAUAUAAACCAACUAAAAAAAUUUUAAUCUAACUUCAAAUCUUUCGAUUUGAAUAUCUCAUGUGAAAUAAGUUUCAAGAUUAACGAUUGUUAAUCUUGAAACUUAUGUUAUCUAUGUAUAUCUUGAAACUUGUUAAUACAGGCCUAAGAUUACAUUCUGCGUAUAUAAUCUCUACGUAUAAAUGUAAACAUUGUUUAAUUUUGUACGCUUUUUUGUAUUUGGAUUAUAUAUACUCUAUAAUUUACAAAGGUAAUAGGAUAAUUGAUUUUAUACACAUUUAUAGUUAAGAUGUUAUUGCCUUUACUUCAAUUGAAUUCUCUGAGAUGCGAAGUUAAUUCACAAAAGCACGAGAUAGAUCUGGUCUCUCUUUGUUUCGCGUUUAUCUUCGAAGUUUUAUCAUUUAUUAUUAACAUCGAUUUGUAGAUUUAUACAGUAAAAUGCACAUUAUAAAAUUGCAUGAUUUAUAUUAAUGAGGCUACUUUUUGAGGUAUGUAGUUAUGUAGUAUCUCUGAAAUAUUCAACAUGCAGUUUUCUAUGUUUAUCAAUCUAAGUUACUGCUAAUGUAUGCAUUGCAUGUAUUAUCAUGUUUGUACAAUUAAAAAAUGUUAUAAUUACACGAAUUAAUAAAAAAUAUAAAAAAUAACUUACAAUAUAAAUAUAGAUUUAAGUUAAAAUAUAAUUUUAGUUAUAUAAGAUAUAAGAAGUAUGACUGGCUGUUAAGUUGUACUACUUGAACAAUAAUAGUGUAGCACUCAGAAUAUGUUGAGUGGCAAGACUUAUCCAAUAGGACAAUGAACAUUAAAAAAGCUUCAAGAUACAAAUCAAAUGCAAUUGUAUAUAUUUUGUCAUAUUUAAUAUCAUAUAUAAAUAGUUAUAUUAGUGUUUAAUAAAAUGUGUUAAUCAUAUAAAAAAUUAUAUAUAACCUUAAUAAUAAUCAACUUUGUCAAUUAAUAUUUCGCUUAAUAGAGAGCGACAAUUUCUCCAAACAGAAAAGUUGUUUGCCUUUAAAAAACGCGUCGAGCAUUUUUUCGUCAAAAUUGGAAGGAGUGUAAACUGUAUAAUUACCACUUAAUCUAUUUUACAAGAAUGACAUUGCUAUCAUUUUUUUCUUUUUAUUUGUCAAGUUCGUCUCUGACUACUACUUUUUUCCAAACAUUAGUUUUAUGUAUAGAAAUACAUAAAUUUAUAGUGUUUCUCCUUCCUAUAUUACCUUAGAACAUCUUGUGUAUACUUAAAAAAAAGUGACAAGGAAGAAUAAUAUCUCUAUUUAUACAAUAAUAAACUAAUAACAGUAAAAUUGUAAGUAGGAAAAAUUUAACGCACAUAUCUUGCCACGACAGAAAAGUUAAACAUGAGUGAUUUUGGAGAAGGUUAAAUAAUUAGAUAAUUAAAAUUUAUCAAACAGAAACGUUAUUACAACGUCGUAAACACACAUUCCUCAUGUACUUGAAGAUGAUAAAUAUACUAACGCCUUAGAACGGCUUA